AUGUCCUGAAUAUUUUCUUCUUCAGGCAAAGGGAUCAUGUUGCUCAUCCCAGAGCCCAUCAUAAAUGCCACAGUGAUGCAGAAUGUACUCCUGUCCGUCGACCACACCUGUAAUGGAACACCGUGGAUUCAGUGGCAGUUCAUGUCCAGCUGGAAGUCACAAUGCAUCAUAGAGUGGAAGAUGAACUCUUACGUCAACAUCUCCAGUGGUUACAGCGGGCGUGUUCACAACUACGACAAUGGCUCCAUACAGCUCCUGAACGUGGAGGUCAGAGAUUCUGGGUUCUACAUGAUCACCCUGAGCGAUGAAAUUGGCAACGUCAAACAGAGUACAAUCAUCCUCAAUGUCCAUGAGAUUCGCUAUGAGGAGUUUUAUUUUGUGGCGGUGUUCAUAGCGUUCCUGGCUGCUGGGUCGGCAGUUCUAGUCUGUCUCAUGUGGGUGUGUAAUAAAUGUAUUAACAUCUGCCAGAGGAGGAAACAGCACCGACGAGGUAACACAGUCUUGUACUGGCACACAGUUGUGUAUUAUAUUAGUAUGUGUUGUUGUGUAUGUCUGUUACCCCAGGGCAGGUGCUACCACUAG